CACUGUUGGGACACCCUUGGGUGCAAACUACAUUUUAUCAAAAAGUGGUAAAGGCGAGACCCAACGCGUUGUGGAACAGGAAAAUUGUUGGUCAAAGCGGGGUCGUUCCAUGAUUCGAGGGAUGAGUCUUCAGGCUCCCAUCACUUGGUGUUUGUGUUUCAAACCAAAACCAAAAACAAACACUACAAAUAUGCUGCCACGGCUACACUCUCGCACUCGCAGCCGCCAAGGAUAUAUUACAACCGUUACAAACGCGAUGGCGCUUGUUUUUGAGGUUCUUGGCAGAUUCAACCGUGCUCGCGCUGCUCGGUUGACACUCCCUCAUCAUGUGUGCCAAACUCCUUUGUUUAUGCCUGUGGGCACACAAGGAACAAUAAAGGGAUUGACAAAUAGUCAGCUUGAGGAUAUAGGUUGCCAAAUAAUACUUGGAAAUACUUAUCACUUGGCCCUUCGACCUACUUCUGAGCUUCUUGAUGAAGUUGGCGGCCUUCAUAAUUUUAUGAAUUGGCAAAGGGGUCUGCUUACAGAUUCUGGUGGCUUUCAAAUGGUUUCACUGUUGCAUCUUGCUGACAUCACAGAAAAAGGUGUGACAUUUCAGUCACCGGUUGAUGGAAAGCCAAUGCUUCUAACACCAGAGGAAUCAAUUCAAAUCCAAAACAGAAUUGGAGCAGAUAUCAUUAUGGCUCUUGAUGAUGUUGUAAAGACCACCAUUACUGGUCCACGAGUUGAGGAAGCUAUGUAUCGAACACUUAGAUGGAUAGACAGAUGUAUAGCAGCUCACAAGAGACCUCAUGAUCAAAACUUAUUUGGUAUUGUUCAAGGUGGUUUAGAUCCUAUAUUGAGGGAUAUCUGUGCUAAAGGUUUGGUGGACCGCAAUUUGCCUGGCUAUGCUAUUGGUGGUCUUUCAGGCGGUGAAGAUAAAAAUUCAUUUUGGCGAGUUGUUGCUCAGUGCACUGCCGCUUUGCCAGAGGAUAAACCACGAUAUGUUAUGGGAGUUGGUUAUCCUCUUGAUAUUGUUGUUUGUAGUGCUUUGGGUGCUGAUAUGUAUGACUGCGUGUAUCCCACCCGUACAGCACGCUUUGGCACUGCUCUCAUUCCCGAGGGAGUAUUGAAAUUAAAACACAAAGCAAUGGCUGAAGACACCCGUCCAAUUGAUCCCGCUUGCCCUUGUAUGGUUUGCAAGAACUAUACCAGGGCUUACAUCCAUUGCCUUGUGACAAAAGAUGCAAUGGGAUCUCAGCUUUUGUCGUAUCAUAAUUUAUACUACAUGCUGCAGCUCAGUAGGAAUCUACACUUUUCAAUAGUUGAAGGAAGGUUCCCAGAGUUUGUAUGUGACUUUCUACACAAAAUGUUUCCGAAAGGUGAUGUUCCUGAAUGGGUCUGCGAUGCUAUGGAGGUGGCUGGAAUAGACAUUUCUUCCUGCUGUGCUCCAUUUUCAUCAUGCGAAGAAUCUGUUUCUACCGAAGAAGUUAUUUUAGCGGGGUAAAAAUGAUACACAGAUGAAUAGAAUCAAAAGUUACAAUGAAAAGAUACACUGUAGUUUACUAUGAUUUCUUGCGGCAUAAAUUUUGUAUUCUGCUUAUGCCGCCACAGUAAAAAAUAUGAAAGGUUAGGAUUAUAAUUUAUACUAUAUCCCUUUAGGUUCUUCUUUAUCACGCAUAUGAAGAUUCGUCUUUUAUGCUAUAGAAUGUAACACGAUGUAUCGUUUUUGUUUCCGAAGUACAGUUAGUGAGACAUCUGACACCGAGGCAAUUAGUAUUCGUUAAAUUAAGAUA